GGCCCGUCUACACCUAAGUUCUAAACCAAUUCCAAAUUUAACUUCUUAAAUUAAAGCUAGCACCAGUGCAUCUAGUGAAUUUAUGUCAACUUCAAAUCCACAACCAGCUGUUCCGCCCAACCAGCCAGGGGCAGAUUUCAUGGACGACCAACAGUUUGCUGAAGUGGCACUAGCCUCCGAAGCAGCUGUCGAUGAAGUUCUCCGUCAAGACCAUACCAUUCCCGCAGACCCUCUCCGCAACCAGAUGAGGUGCCCACAACACUCCCCUCGUCCAACAACAGCUGGGUUGAGCUGGCUACACCCCAUCGGGCUACUUCUACUCCAGCCGAGGCGGUUCCAGGCAGCCAAGUUUCUGCGGAGUUCUCUGCGCACAGCAACUUUGAUCAUUCUGGAAAUCGAUCUGACACAUCAUCCCCAUUCUUUGGAUUUGAGAGUGAUCCUUCAUCUGCUCAGCUUACCUCAGUCGCUCCUCAGGGUCGUCCCGACAGACAGCCAAGUCUCCCCAUCUCCGAUUCUCCUACCCGUGAGGGACGAAACAGUCCAUAUCGUCGUCGAAACGACAGGGCUCACAGGGCUGUAUUUCUCUGAUGACAAAGGGGCCUUGGUACACUUCAAACAACUUGGCUGUUUCGCCAUAAAUAGCUCUGGAUAA